AUGACUAGCCCCGAUAAUAAGUAUCCCGUAGACAGCGGAGCAAUCUGGGCCCACAUCAGGGCACCGGAGUUCAUGCCGGAGGACCCGGAGGCAUUCCUCGAACUUCUGGAAUCGCGAUUCCAUGAAGCUCGCAUCACAGGGCAACUGUCCCGUUAUCAUAAGCUGGUGUCCGCGAGACCGCGGGAUAUGCUGAGCAAUUUCAGGGAUAUAUAUAUGAAUAUCCCCGCACACAACCUAUAUGACGUGCUCAAAGAGGCACUCUUCCCUCGUAUGGCCGCUUCUGAGUAG